AUGUCCAAAGGCCUAACUGUAACAAAACUACCAGUGGCUUUCCGGCCGUCGGCUGAAAUUAUCAACCUCAGUUACAACAGGCUCACCUCUAUUCCCAGCGGGCUCUUUGAUAAUCUGAAGAGCCUCCAAACAGUGCACUUGCAGGGCAACCCUUGGGAAUGCAACUGUGACAUCCUCUACUUGCGCUCCUGGCUGCAGUGGCAGCAGAACCGGACCUUUUACAGGGAUGUGAGAUGUGCCUCCCCAGCUCACCUUCAGGACCGGGUCAUUGCUUAUCUGGCAGAAGAUGAGAUCAUCUCCACGUGCCAGUACUGGUACUGCACCCUGGCUUUCUUCUCUCAACUCAUUCUCAUCAUCCUCCUUUUCCUCCAGGUUAUCUUGGUCAUAUUCAUCAUUAUCUACCUGCAGAGAUUUCGGAGAAUGACUGCUGAAGCCCGGAGCACCACCUGGGAUCUGUAUCAGCAUGCAGAUACCCAGUCCCUACAGGAGCAAUAA